UGCCAUCGAUGCGACUCGCAAAUCAGAGCAGCGCAGCUCGACCACCAAACGCACUAAUGACAGGCAGCGACAAGCUACAAUACAGCACGUUCGACCAGCCGAGUGUCCCAAAGCACCCGGCCGAUACGGCUGGUCUCAUCUCGCGCGCUACCUUUAGCUGGACGCACCCGCUUCUCGAGCUCGGCAACAAGCGGCAGAUUGCACCUGCCGAUCUUUGGGUCUUGGAAGCGCCGCUUCAAGCCGCGCCUUUGACGAAUCGCUUUGCCAAUGGCUAUGUUGCCCACGGCCAGCGACUCCUUCGCACGUUCUUUGGCCUGUACGGCUGGCGGCUCGCUGCCAUUGGUUGCCUCGAGCUAUUGUCCGUGGCCGGCGAUCUCUACGGUCCUGUGUUUGUCUUGGGCGAGAUCCUCACGGCCAUCGAUGCCUCAGAUCUCGAUGCAACGUACGUGCUGCAGCUCAUCACGUCGCUUUUUCUCGUGCAAGCGGCCAACGCGUUCGUCAAGGUGCACGCCAAGUACCAAAACGAGCGCGUCGGUAUCGAGCUCUCGACGGUGCUGCGCUCCCUUCUCUUUGCCAAGGCGCUGCGACUGAGCCACCUCUCGCGAAAGACGACGUCGGCGGGCGACAUUGCCAAUCUCUGCACGCUCGAUGCGACCAACGUCAUGAACUUUGCGACGAGCGUGCACCAAAUCUGGAUGCUCCCGGUCCAGAUCGUCGUCGUGCUGUACCGUUUGUACACGGUCGUCGGCUGGCCCAUCUUUGUCGGUCUCGGCGUGCUGCUGCUCGUCUUGGCCCUCAACACUCGCGUCGCGGGCGCGAUGGGGGAUGCACAACUGACUUUCAUGAUGGCGAAGGACCAGCGCAUGAAGCUCACGAGCGAAGUCUUUGGCGCGAUCGCUGUCGUCAAGCUCAAUGCAUGGGAAGACAACUUUCGGUGUAAACUCAAUGCGCUGCGAGCGACCGAGUGCCAGACCGUCUGGCGCUUCCUGCUUGUGCUACUGACGCUCACGUCGUUUACAAACUGCACGCCCAUCUUUGUUUCGGUCGCGGUCUUUGCUACUUUCGCGCUGGCCAUGCCGACACCGCUGACUGUCACGAUCGUCUUCUCGACCAUGGCCCUUCUUAAGUCGCUCCAAGAUCCGCUCAUUGACUUCCCCGUCGUCGUCUCGACCAUGGUCCAGUCGCUUGUUUCGGCCAAGCGUAUUAACGACGUGCUCUUGAUGGACGAAGUGGACCCGACCAACGUCUCGACGCCGUCCGACCCGAUCGCGUCCGUCUACGCCAAGGACCAGGUCGUGCUCGCCAUCGACAAUGCCUCGUUCACGUGGGACAGCACCACGACGCCCACGUUCACGAACGUCAAUCUCCGCAUCACGCGCGGCGAGCUCGUCGUGCUGCAUGGCGCGGUCGGCCAAGGCAAGUCGUCGCUCUGCUCGGCGCUCCUCGGCGAGAUGCAAAAGCUCACUGGCUCGGUGUUUGUCGGCGGCCAAGUGGCCUACUUUGCGCAGCAGGCUUGGAUCCAAAACACCACGAUCCGCGAAAACAUUCUCUUUGGCAAGCCGUACGACCGCAGCACGUACCAAAAGGUCCUCGACGCGUGUGCGCUGCAGAGCGAUCUCGCGUCGCUGCCGGCCGGCGACCGCACCGAGAUUGGCCAGAAGGGCAUCAACCUCAGCGGCGGCCAGAAAGCGCGCAUCGCUUUGGCCCGAGCUUGUUAUAGCGACGCCGACAUCUUCAUUUUGGAUUCGCCCUUGUCGGCCGUCGACGCGAUUGUGGCCAGCGAGAUCUUCACCAAGUGUUUCCUCGGCCUCUUGGCCAAGAAGACAGUGCUGCUCGUGACGCACAACCCCGAGAUCAUCGAGUCGGCGGCGGUCGCCCGGACGCUGCUGGUGCAAGACGGCCGGCUCAUCGAGUCGACGCAUGACUCGCCGCGCACGCGUCAAGAAGCAACGUCGGCGGUGACGCCGCUCAAGGCCCGGACGCCGUACUGGGAAGAGUCGGAGAUCAUCGAGUACCCGGCGCCGGGGCCGCGCCACGAGAUGCUGGUGACGCCGUCGCUGCGCACGCCGUACAGCUACAACGCGCGUGAGAUGCUGUACACGCCGCGCGAGCCGGUGGCGGGCGAGUCGUUUGAAGAGUCGGGUCGUCUCAUCGCCGACGAAGAGCGCGCCGAAGGGCGUGUCGCGGGAGCAUUGAUGUGGUCAUAUCUGAGGCAUGUCGGUGGGUGGCCGACCGUCGCUGUCGUGCUUACGCUGACAAUCGCGAUGCAGUUGCUCAAAGUUGCUAGCGACCUUUGGCUGGCGCGCUGGUCCAACGGAGGCGAAGGCCACGCGACGUUGGCUGCGUCUGCGAUGGUCAACAUGGCCAUCUACGCGGGCCUCGCGCUCGGCAGCUGUCUUUUGAUCGCUUUGCAGACGUACGCGGUCAUUUCCUUCGGCGUCCAAGGGUCUCGAAAGCUCUUUGAUGCGAUGCUUUCCAGUGUUCUCGCAGCGCCCAUGGCGUUCUUCGACACCAACCCGAUCGGGCGGAUUCUCAACCGGUUUGGCGACGACGUCACGUCCUGCGACAUGCGCAUUCCGUUCUCGCUCGGCCCGAUUCUGUUUGAGCUCUCGUCGCUCGCGUGCACGGUUGGCACGGCCGUCGUGCUCUCGCAAUGGGUCGGGCUCCUCGUGCUGCCAUUGCUCUAUGUCUACUACUCGCUCGGCGCCUUCUUUGUCGGUCCGCUCCGCGAUAUCAACCGCAUCAAGUCGACAUCGCGGUCGCCAUUGCUUAGCUUCAUCGCUCAAGGCAUUGAUGGCGCGUCUACGAUUCGAUCGUUUGGGCCGCGCUACACCCGGCGCAUGACUCGUAUCUGCAAUGUUCAUGUCGAAGCACUCGCUCAAGCGCGGGUCGCCGACGUCGCUGUGAAUGCGUGGUACUCGCUGCGCUUGCAGCUCCUCGCGGUGAGUAUCGUUGCCAUCACAAUGACAGCGGUCGUCGUGCUCCAUUCUCAAUUGAGCGCCGGCAUAAUUGGCCUUCUCAUGACGUACAGCCUUGCCAUCCCGUCGACGUUCACCUACCUCGUGGCCAUUUGGGCCAACUUGGAGAUCUUCAUGAUCGCACCCGAGCGCAUCCAAGACGAAGACGAUAAUCAGUCAAUCAAGAGCGUGGCUGCUGUGGUGCGUGACCCGACGAAGCUCAAGGUGCCGGAGCUUCGGAAAGCGCUCAGCGAGCGCAACCUGAGCACCUUUGGCCUGAAAGCCAAGCUCGUGGAGCGGCUCACUCGAGCUCUCGCAGACGAAAAAGCGCGUGAUGCCCGACGCGUCACGCCGGACGUGGCUGGAUUCGACGACGACGAUGACGACGACGACGCGAUUCUACCUCGCCUCAAAUCCAAGACCACCAAAUCGUCUACGAAGAAUGCAGCUAAAUUGACGACGAGUACAGAGCCACUGCCUCGACCAAGUCCUGACGCUGACGUGGCGCCUCGAUUGGAGGCGCGCGUCAAGGCUACCGAGGUGCCAUUGCGAGAACCCAAAGUCUUGUCCCCGGUCAAGCCUGCGUCCCCUGUCAAGUCAGCUUCGCCGGUGCAACGAGUGUCGUCGCCAGUAGCCGUCGCCACAUCUGCGUCUUCUAUCACGACAAAGCCGUCACCGAUGUUGCCAGUCGCCACCUCCUCGAUGUCCUCUCGGGUAUCGGAGGCUGCCUCCGAGCCGUCACCGGUCGUUGCUGCGUCGCCGCCCCGGCCCGCCGCCGACUCAUUCGUGGAGGAGUCGCCCAUGGCCUCGCCUGAGCGACCACCGCCCAUGCUUCACUCACCAGGCAAAGUGCGCUCCAAGGACCGCAAGCGCAAAACAUUGUUUCCGCCCGAGUCGCCUGCAAGCACCUCGUCCUCCUUGGCGCCGCCCAGCGACGGCCCCAUCCUCUCGACCGCCGCGUCGCUCUUCGCAUCUGCGACAUCACCGAUCGUCAAGGGCUUUGCCUCUUUCCGGUCGGCGCUGGGCCUCAGCGCGACCAAGCCAACCGACGAGACAGAGGUGGCAUCCGUCGUCAAGGUGACCGCACAAGUCACACGCGCCGUCGUCGCCAGCCCCCAACGCGGGCCCACGAGCCCGGUGCGGUCUAGUCCCAUUGCUGCCUCCAGCCCGGUGCGGUCUAGCCCCAUUGCUGCCUCCAGCCCGGUGCGGUCGAGCGCCGUCGUCGCCUCCAGCCCGCGGCGUUCGAGUCCCGUCGUCAUCUCGAGUCCGCCGCGACGACCAACCAAAACGCCGCCCAGUCCCAAACCCGUGGUGCCUGCGCUUCAAACCGAGAUCGAGCGAGAGUCGUACCGCAUGCGGCAGCAAGCCCGCGAGUUUGCGCGGCGUCGCAUUGAAGAAGAGUCCAAAGCGGCGCGAUCAGUACCAGAGGCGCCAGAGGGGGACGCGCGGCGCCCGACAAACCUCGUGUCGGGACUCUACUCGUUUUCGUCGCUCGCUGCCAAACCAGCACCCAAGCCAGUUGCGACAGUCCCGGCCAUUAGCUCGCUCAAGCUCGCCGAGCGCCACCGUGCGCUCGAGCCCAAGAAGGCCAUUGACCGCGCCAAACGCAAGGAAGGACUCAUGAAGAUGUACGAGGAGCAGCGCCGGCUCGACGAAGAGAAGCGUCGCAAGACGGCCGCGCAGGUGGCGGCCGAGGCCGAGCGUCAAAAACAAGAGCGCGAUGCGGCUGAGCGUCGGCAGCGAGAGGCGGAGGUUGCGCGGAAGCGCGCUGCCCGCCUCCAGGAAAUCCAAGCGGCGACCGACGAAAAGCGCCGGCAAGUAGAACGCACCGAGAAGCUCCGACACGAACAGCCCCGCGCCAAGGUCGAGACCACCGCCAAGCCAGCAGCGUCGAAACCGCGCGUCGAGAUUGCAAAGCCAUUAAGUGCCGCAGCAAGUGCAAGUGCCAAGGUGGUCAAGAAGAAGCCGAUCGAAGCGGUCUUGCUCUCCAAGAAGCCCGAGCCGACAACGUACGAGAUGUCCGAGCCAGAGAGCGACGAGAGUGGGAAUGGCGAAGACGACACGAAAGCCGUGCCCAAGUGGGCGCAAAAGGCGCACUUGGAGAAGGCGCUCGCCAAGCAGUUUGGGCCUGACGCGAUCGACCCGACGCCGUCGAUUUUCCCGGAAUUCAUCGCGACGUGCGACCUUGAAGCCAUCUUUCAGCCGCGCGACGGCGCCAAGAAGCGCAAGUUUGCGCGGCGCACGAGCUCGGGAAAUUGGCUCGCAGACCGCCCGACGACACGCGACAAAGUUGCCUAUAAGAAGGCCAUGGGCUACACCAAUUAA